AUGGCAAAAUACAUCGCUCAAAUUGUGAUACUCGGAACACAAGUAAUAGGAAGAGCUUUCGCCAGGGCGUUACGACAGGAAUUCGCAGCUAGUCAAGAAGCAGCACGAAGAGGAGGCGGCGGUCAACAAGGUACCAGUCGUGCUGCAGCCAAUGCGAAAAGUGGAAUCACGUUGGAGGAGGCUCAGCAAAUAUUGAACGUCGACAAGCUGGAUCCAGAAGAAAUCAAAAAACAAUACGAGCAUCUAUUUAGGGUGAACGACAAGAGCAAGGGUGGAUCGUUUUAUAUACAGUCGAAAGUUGUUAGAGCCAAAGAAAGACUUGACAAGGAGCUUGAAAUGAAGCAAAAAACUGAAGAACCAGAGAAAUGA